AUUCAGCGGCUAUUCAAUGUGUGCAAAGUCGGCCGCGGCAAUGCAGAGCUCUUACAGGAGGUGCUGGUGUAUGCGAAGCCGCAGGAGCUCAGGAAUGACAUAACUAAGGAACUCCUCGGCCGUGCGAGGGCGUCGCAGGACCUCAUCGGCUCGCAAAUCGCAUGGGCAACCACGGAGGCGGAGAGGUCGCGUCGCACAACACACACAUCGGUUGAAACGACGCAAGAACAGCUUUUGGCGGCGCUACUCGCUGCUCAUGAGCAAUUAACGGAGGUCCUGAAGAUGCACGAGGACUUGGAGCGGAUUGCGAUAGAGCAAGAGGCAGAGGAGCGCAUGAAGACAGAACGGCUGAUACAAGCCCUCACUGCCAUUGCCGAAUACACUGCGACGCCAGAGGAGGAUUCCCUCAUAAACUGGGUCAUGACUAUAGGAGACCCUGAGGGGACAGGCAAAAUCAAUCCCCAAACCGCUACCCGAAUAUUCAGCGCGUCCAGCUUGCCCCCUGACGCCCUCGCAAGGGUAUGGGAAAUUGCGAGCGUUGAUAGUAAGGACGGACUUCUCGACCGGCAAGGUGUGGGAGUGGCGCUGCGCCUCAUUGGACAUGCGCAGAGGGGAGAGACCGUAAUGGAGGCAUUGGUGAACCGACCCGGACCCAUUGCUUCUAUCGACAGCCCUUCUUCUCCGCUCGGUAAUGAGGCCGUUGCGGGGCCAUCCUCGGGAGUUCCUAGCACGCUCCCUCCCCUAACGUCUCACGACAAAGCUAAAUUCCGGAAGAUCUUCAAGGGUGCGGGUGCAGACAAUGGAUAUCUUGGUGGUCAGCAAGCACGAGAGGUUUUCAUGAAAUCCAAGUUACCAUGGAAUACGCUAUCACAAAUCUGGAACCUAGCCGACACACAACAUCGUGGAAGUCUCGACCUCAGCGACUUUACGGUUGCCAUGUACCUGAUCCAAGGCCUAAUGACCGGGCAGCUAGCGACGGUACCCGCCAGUCUGCCGCCUCAGCUGUAUGAGGACGCUGCACGACAUACACGCACACCUUCUCCCUCACCCCGCCACCGAACGGUCUCAUCUCCCAACACCCCCGCCCUACCUCGAUACCCACCGCCUCCUCCCCCUUCACAUCCCUCCCUAAUACCUCCACCCCAGCCCCAACUUAUACCCCCAAUCACAGCUUCGCCAUUCUCUGGAGCUCCGCCACCGCGCCAUCCCUCAAGGGGCCCCUCGCAACCCAGCCCGCGUUUGGAGGUUACACCGUCCAUCAGGGUGCAAGCAGAACACAUAUUCUCCUCAUUAGACUCGCGAAAUCGGGGUCGCGUGAAGACGGACGCGGUGCACACAUAUAUGUGUCAAUCUGGUCUGCCAGUGAAUGCAGGCAGUCGAAUAUUAGAGUUGUGCGACAUCGGACGCAAAGGACAUCUGACGAAGGAUGAAUUCUCAGUAGCCUUGAUGCUCAUGAAAAUAAGAAAGGAAGGACAGCAUCUCCCUUCUACUCUCCCACCCGGACUGCUUCCAGCAUCUACGCCCUCGCAUGAAGAUGAUGCGUACGAUGGUAUUGCUCGGGAUCAUUCGCAUGAUAACGCCUCUGCUGGGCCUUCCCGACCCCCGCCAUUAAUCAUUACAUCUCAGAGCGAAAGACCCUCGCGGGCAGGCGCGCCGCCGCCUGGCACUCCAAAUAUCCGCACCUCCCGCAGCACACCACAGCUCAACAACGGCAGUGCGAAUAGCGUUCCUAGCUCCCCCUUUGCGACCGCUCCUUCGACCCCCUUCCCCGGGUUGUCUGUUCAUGGCUAUGCCCCGGCGGUAGCCGCGACUCCCUCUGAUUUGAACAUCACGCCCGAGGAGAGGGCGCGGUACGAUAGGUUCUUUGCACAGUUGGAUACCCAGAGAAAGGGCUACUUGUUGUCGGACAUCGCAGUCCCUUUCUUCGGGCGUGCGAACUUGCCCAACGACGUUAUGGCGACCAUAUGGGACCUGGCGGACUCGGAGCACGACGGCCGUAUCACAAAGGACGACUUCGCUGUCGCCAUGCACCUCAUCCGGCAGAAGCUCGCAGGGAAGGAGCUGCCCACCGUCGUACCUGCAUCGCUGUUCCCCGCACACGCGUCCGCGAGAGCAGAAACUGUCUCGCUACCAUCAACUUCAAGGCAGGAUUCCAGGCCACCGUCGCAGGAGGCGCCCCCGCCACCGCCGCGACCAGCUUCUGGAGCUCAGGUCGAACCCGCGAUGACACCCUUGCCCGACGACUUGGACGACGACUUGCCGCGUUCGGAUACGCCCCCGCCGCCGUACUCGCUUAUAGCGUCGGGCUAGUCAUUUGAUGCGUGGGCUUUGGGUGGAGUAAGAUGUCGUAUCUAGGACUUAUCAUAUAGGGAGGAUUUUACUAUGCUGCUCAACGGGACCAUCUUCAUUUUGUAUUCUACAUGGCGGACAAACGUGCAGCCAACCCC